AUGUCUUUUGGAGAAAACUUUGGCUGCCUGGAUAAGGGCGAAUAUGCGCCAUUCGUGCAGUCGAUCACUGCAAUGGCGUCAGAACUUACGUUCAACCAGAUGUCGAAGUACUGGGGGCUCAUGGGAGUAAGGCAGUACUUUACACCUAAAAAGCUUCUUGGCCAGCGCAUGAAGAACAUCAAAACCGCCAUGCAGACAGUACAACGACGCAUUCAAAAUGGCUCCGAACACCGAGAUUUCCUCCACUACAUCCUCUCCGCAAACGAUGAGAAAGGCAUGAGCCCUGCUGAAAUCAACGUGAACGCUUUUUCAAUCAGCAUUGCAGGGUCAGAGUCAACAGCGACUGCGCUCUCCGGUGCUGCUUUCCUUACGCUUACUCACCCGUCCGUGUACACCCGAUUGGUAGAUGAAGUCCGCUCCGCACACUCCAGCAUAGAAGAUAUCACGCUAGCAAGCACACAGAGACUCGCGUAUCUGGACGCAGUCAUUACCGAAACUCUACGCAUGUAUCCGCCAGUUGCAAUUACCAUGCCUCGCCGUGUACCAGUAGGUGGAGAGACAAUCGAAGGCAAAUUCGUUCCUGAGGGCAUGACUGUAGGGGUAAAUCACUAUUCCGCAUACCAUCACCCUGCGAACUUUUACGAGCCGAACAAGUUCCUUCCCGAGCGUUGGCUGACGGACACACGGGACGCACCGCCGUUCGUCAAUGACAACAAAGAAUGCAUGCAGCCUUUCUCUUAUGGACCCAGAAACUGUUUGGGCAAAAACAUUGCGAGAGCUGAGAUGCGAUUACUCUUCGCAAAACUCUUGUUCAAGUUCGACUGGCGACUUGAAGAUGGACAGGAGCAAUGGUUGGAGCAGAAGUUGCAAGGGUUCUGGCAGAAGAAGCCACUUUAUUGCACUCUCAAGCCAGCAGUAAGAGGAUGA